CCAGAAAUAAAAUGAGAGAGGGACGCAAAAUACGUUAGCACCACCCAUUUUUAUCCUACCAGAGAUUUUGCCAACAUAAUCUUACCUCGUGUAACCUAGUGUUUAACGUUACAGAUAGUAACUACAGAGAUAUUAUAUGGCUUUCCUUAGCAGCUAACCGCGGAAGUCCUGAGGAGAAUUGUGGAUAGCUAGCACUACAACAGAAGUUGACAACUCUUCCAGUUUUCUUCCUGGUUUACUUUUUUUCCAGACUGUGGUCAGCCUCGCAGCCUAAUCUAAAUUGGCAAAUAUGUACCAUCUUGUAAGAAAACUGGUGUUCACGGAUUCAAAUUGCGAUGGUAACGCAACAAAAUCAUACGAAGAGCUGUUUGACAAGCUGGACGCGAAUAAAGAUGGAAAGGUUGACGUUUCAGAACUCAAAGAGGGCCUCGCCGCAAUGGGCAUCGCUUUUGGGAAAGGGGCCGCGCAGAAAAUCGUUUCCUCCGGAGAUCAAGAUAAGGAUGAGGGUCUUGAUUUCAAUGAGUUUUCCAAGUAUCUGAAGGAACACGAGAGGAAACUUAAGCUGACAUUCAAGAGCUUGGAUAAAAAUAACGAUGGACGCAUUGACCUUAUGGAGAUUAAGCAGUCCCUUGCAGAUCUGGGUAUGGUUGUAAGCAAAGAAGAUGCAGAGAAGAUCCUGCAGAGUAUUGAUGUGGAUGGGACCAUGUCUGUGGACUGGAAUGAAUGGAAGGAACAUUUCCUCUUCAACCCAGCCACUAGCCUACAGGAGAUUAUCCGCUACUGGAAACACUCCACGGUGCUGGACAUAGGAGACAGCCUUACCAUCCCCGAUGAGUUCACUGAGGAAGAGAAAACCACAGGUGUGUGGUACAAACAGCUUGCUGCAGGCGCCAUGGCAGGGGCGGUGUCUCGCACAGGGACCGCUCCCCUGGACCGGAUGAAGGUGUUCAUGCAGGUGCAUUCUUCGAAAUCCAACAAGAUCAGCCUGGUGGGAGGAUUCAAACAGAUGAUUAAAGAAGGGGGGAUCGCCUCCAUGUGGAGGGGUAACGGUGUCAAUGUCCUGAAAAUUGCACCUGAGACAGCCAUUAAGUUUAUGGCCUAUGAGCAGUACAAGAAGUUGCUCUCCUCGGACGGAGGAAAGAUCCAGACCCAUGAGAGGUUCAUGGCGGGAUCACUGGCUGGGGCUACUGCCCAGACAGCCAUAUACCCCAUGGAGGUGAUGAAGACAAGGCUCACACUGAGAAAGACUGGACAAUACUCCGGAAUGUUUGACUGUGCCAAGAAAAUCCUGAAAAAGGAAGGCGUUAAGGCUUUCUACAAAGGCUACAUUCCCAACAUCCUGGGAAUCAUCCCCUAUGCCGGGAUAGAUCUGGCUGUGUAUGAGAGCUUGAAAAAUGCCUGGUUGUCCCGUUACGCCAAAGACACAGCCAACCCUGGGAUUCUGGUUCUCCUGGGCUGUGGGACCCUCUCCAGCACCUGUGGACAGCUGGCCAGCUACCCUCUCGCUCUGAUCCGAACUAGGAUGCAGGCACAAGCGUCCAUGGAGGGCUCGGAGCAGAUGUCCAUGAACCGCCUGGUAAGGACCAUCGUGGAGAAAGAGGGAUUCUUUGGACUCUACAGUGGAAUCCUACCCAACUUCAUGAAAGUCAUCCCAGCAGUUAGCAUCAGCUACGUGGUGUAUGAGUAUAUGAAGACUGGUCUCGGCAUAUCUAAGUGAGGAACAGAGAAAUAGUGUAUAUCCUUGUGUGUAAACAUGAAGAUGCAGUCAAAUUAUUUUGAGUGAUUAAUUCCCUUUUUUUUUUGAGGAACUGUUUGCGAGGUUGAAACAUGUUUACUGUACCUAUACGGAAAUCUAAGUCUUGACUACAACCAGGUGCGACAGUGUUGCCUAGGAUACACUAUUGAAGGAACAAAUCUGUUUUUCAGUACAACCAAAUAGUCUAUUCUCAAGGCCAAGACUUUCAGAGUGGUCAGUUUCCUUUAGUGUACCAAGUUAGUUGUAAAAUAUGGCUGUUGUUAAUGGUGAAUCUUUUUACAUAGAAAUCUGCACAAAUGCAAUGUGUAAACACCAAAAAAGAUGUCCUUUGUAGGACUUCUUGAUUUCUAAAUGAGGGUGCUGACUUACUCAAAUACUUCUAAUAUUCACAGGAUGUGGUUGUGAAAGUAUAUGGUUUAUUUUGCACGUGGCUGAUGAGAAUGAUGUGCCUUUUACAAUUUGUUCAGAUCUCUAUGAACUCUUCCACCCAUCCAGUCUUGCCUUUUUUCAAAGUUUUGUUGAAUUAGAUAUUCCUGUUUACAAUAAAAGUAUUUUAUU